GAAGAAAAUCCAUCUCUGCAACGCACUUCGAGUGCAGCAGAGGCUUCAUCUUCCUGAUGUAUGGAAGCCAGAGCUUGAGCAGUGAUAACCAGUACGGUGCGAGGUCAGGCUCCAGAAGUAGAGAAGAUACUUCCCUUUCACAUGAUUUACUUAAGAGUAAUCAUGAUUUGAUUUAAGAUGGAAUAAGGGAAAGUAAGGAUAUAAACUAAUUUAGUUAUGAAAAUUUAGAAUUUAAAUUGAUUUUAUUUGAGAAAGUUUUGAAAGUGUAAGGCAAAAUUGACAUUUGACAAAUGAAGCGUUUUAGAGAUUAAAAUAGAUUUAUUUAAAAAACAGAAUUAUUUUACUUCGACGCGUUUCACCGGGGUAUGAUCAGCAUCUCAUCUUUUGUGACGAUUGAUCGAGAGAGGGCGAAGAAGAAGAUUUGAGGCCGAUCAUUCUCUGAGGAAUUUGAAACGAGACGAACGAAAGAGACCCACAAAAUUCUUCCAUUCAUUUUUUGUCCUUGCCGGAUAUGGUUGAUGUUGCUGAUAAAUUAGCCUAUUUCCAAGCGAUUACAGGCUUAGAAGAUCCCGAAAUCUGCACCGAAAUCCUUUCCGCUCACGGUUGGGACCUCGAACGCGCUGUUUCUUCUUUUACUUCCACCACUUCGGAAUCCUCUGCUUCUGCCGCCGCUGAUGAUGGUGGUGGCGACGUACAUUUGGACCCUGCAAUGCGACAAAUGCUUGAGAGAUCGGAACCGCAACAAAAUGCCGCUCCGCCCCCGAGUUUUGCUUGGAAAAUCAUCACGCUUCCGAUUUCUGUGAUUUCUGGUAGUUUAGGGCUUGUUUCGGGUGCUAUUGGUCUGGGAUUAUGGGCUGCUGGUGGUAUUCUUUCGUAUUCUCUUGGUGUGAUUGGUCUGGGGUCCGGUUCUGGCCGGAACGGUGAGUCGUCGGCUCGGUUGGUUUCUGUUUCUGCGGCUACAUCGGAGGCUGUCGAUUUUGUGUCCGCGUUUGAGAGGGAUUUUGGGACGACUAGACCGAAUUUUGUGGGGGAAGGGUUCAUGGACUCGUUGCAGCGUUCUAGGAAUGCCUUUAAGCUUUUGUUUGUUUACUUGCACUCUCCUGAUCAUCCGGAUACGCCGUUGUUCUGCGAGAGGACCUUGUGUUCGGAGACUGUUGCGGCGUUUGUGAACGAGAACUUUGUUUCGUGGGGAGGGAGUAUUCGGGCUAGUGAAGGUUUUAAGAUGAGUAAUAGCUUGAAAGCUUCACGGUACCCUUUUUGUGCUGUGGUUAUGGCAGCUACAAAUCAGAGGAUCGCACUGCUUCAGCAGGUUGAAGGACCUAAAACUGCUGAAGAAAUGCUAGUGAUUCUACAAAGAGUUCUGGAAGAAAGUUCUCCUGUUCUGGUUUCUGCAAGGCUUGAUGCAGAAGAAAGAAGAAAUAACAUGCGAUUGAGGGAGGAACAAGAUGCUGCUUACCGAGCAGCACUUGAAGCAGAUCAAGCCAGGGAACGACAAAGAAGAGAGGAGCAAGAGCGUCUGGAAAGGGAAGCCGCUGAAGCUGAGAGAAAAAGGAAAGAGGAAGAAGAGGCUCGUGAGAGAGCUGUUCGUGAAGCAGCAGAAAGAGAGGCUGCUUUAGCUAGAAUGCGCCAAGAGAAAGCAAUGUCACUUGGCGCUGAACCCGAAAAAGGGCCUAAUGUUACACAAGUAUUGGUGCGGUUCCCUACUGGAGAACGCAAGGAAAGGAGAUUUCACAGUACCGCUUCGAUCAAAACUCUCUACGACUUUGUCGACUCCUUGGGUUGUCUGGACAUUGAUAGUUAUAAUCUGGUCUCGAACUUCCCUCGAGUUGUUUAUGGCACCGAGAAGCUCUCGAUGUCCUUGAAAGAAGCUGGAUUGCAUCCUCAGGCCAGUCUUUUUGUGGAGCUAACUUCGUGAAAGCUCCAACUAGUAGUAGAAUGGUCGAAUGUAGUUGAAGAUGAAACGUGUGAGAACAAGAUUUAGAGUUUGUUUUUUCAGUGACAGUAUUAAUGUUUGAGGUUUAUAGUAGAUGCAUAUUCAGUAUAAAUUAUAAUGGUGGAUGGAGGUUCGAAUAAUGGUUUGAUAUCUGUUGUUC